UACGUGUACAUAGUGCACUGUAUGAGAAACGUGUACGAUAUGAAUGGCUUUCCAGUGACUGAAGGCCUACACGUAAGUUUAGCCGCCGUGCCCCGUGUGAGUCUUCGCCCCGGCUCGAGCUCCCGGUCACGUCGUGUCCGGCGGUGACGUGAGUACGAUAAUACCGACACUGAAAUCAACAUGGACGAAAUGACCGACGGAGUCAAGACUCUGAAUCUCCAGCGGGCUCUUUCUGGGGGAUUUGGUUUCUCGUUGAUGGGAGGGAAGGGGACCAGCUUCCCUCCAGUCAUAUGUGACGUCUUGAGCAAUUCGCCAGCCUCGAGGUGUGAGCAGAUGCAAGUUGGAGACAUCAUCCUAGAAAUUAAUGGAGAACUUGUGGAGGGAAAAACCACUAAGGAAGUUGUCACCAGUUUGAUGCGUUCCCCAGACGAUCUCAUCCUGAAAGUCAAAGAAGAUGCUGAGACGAAAUCGAGAGUUCUAAAGUUCUUGGAACCACUGGAAAAUCCUCCCGGAUCCAACCCCAAGAUCCGAGUGAAGACCAUUGGUCACGCCAGCCCCAAACACAAGCAGCAGAAGAUUAAGGAAUCCUCACCAGUCAGACCUGGUUCGACCCAGCCGUCGCCACCAGCGACACCCAAUGGCCAAACAGAUGACAGCAGGCCUGAAAAUGGACAGAGCAGUGUGAGUCUGGAGUCAACGAAGCUGGAUUCUAGUUCAGGAGAAUUGGGCGAUGUGGACGUGAAACAAUGCAAGAGUGGUGGCGUGAUAAUUGUUGAGACUCCUGACAGUGACCUGCCGUCUCCUGUGAAAACAAACAAUAUUCAUCCUUCAGAUCAUAGGCUAACCGGUGGUGCCCCCAUCAACGGGAUUGGCAGGGAUCAGUUACGCGAUCGGGAUAUGCCAAGCGCAAGGCAGGUGUACGCAGCUAAUGCAUACUCAUUCAGCUCGGAUUCAAGUGUUUCAGACAUUCCAUCUGUGCAGGUUAUGACGACUGUGGCGCAAAUCCACCGGGAGGACUCUUCCCUGAUUGCGCGGACUUUGCCCGAUCAGGAGAUGACUGAUGUGAUGGACGGGCAGCUUCACAGCAGUCCCAAUUGCAAACAUGCAGACCAGGAAUCUGAUUUGAGGCAUAACGACAUCAAUAGGAAUGUUAGUAAAAUGCCCAUGGUGUCACUGGCUGAGAGCGAGUCAUCCCAAAGUGAGUUGUCCUCCCAAGCUAGCUCUUGUCCCUCAGAGGGACCACUCGCAGACUCACCCCUCAGAACUCACAGACUUGCAGCAGCCUCAAAGCACCCUACUGGUAAGGAUGCAGCCGAGCGCGCUACACAGGUUGACCUUUCGUUGGCGGGAGAGAAGGAAACAGACAGUGUAACGUACGACUCGGGAUAUGCAAGCACGUCGUCUGUCGCCAAACAGUGCUCCAACUUCUCCCAUUCCCAGUCAUCUCAGACAAACUUGGAUGCCGACGCGAGUAAGUCGAUGGAGAACCCCCCGGAUGAGCAGCAGCCAACUGAGCCGCGUCAGGCAACCACCCUGGUGCAUCACGGGAGUGAUGCCAUGGAGCCGUGGACUGGCGGGAUGGGUUCUCGGACGUCCAGCGAUCACAGCGUGAAUUCCGAAGAGUCAGAGUGUUUGGACAUGGACAGUCUAGGGAACGCUCUUCAAGCUGGUAGCAAGAAUCUGGAUGUACCAUCGGCCCAACGAUUAGCCAAACGAUUAUUCAUGUUGGACGGAUUCAAGAGAUCGGAUGUAGCUAAACAUUUAAGUAAAAGGAAUGACUUUAGCAAGCUAGUGGCCGAGGAAUAUGUCACCUACUUUGACUUCACCAACCUCCCCCUGGAUAUUGCGCUGCGCAAAUUCCUGGCCAAGAUCGCCGUGUCCGGCGAGACGCAGGAGAGGGAACGGGUGCUGCUCCACUUCUCCACGCGGUACCAGCAGUGCAACGAGAUAGAGUUCCGAUCAGUGGACGCCGUGAAUGCCCUGACCUGCGCGUUGAUGCUUCUCAACACCGAUCUCCAUGGACAGAACAUUGCAAAGAAGAUGUCCCUGAGCGCCUUCAUAUCCAAUCUAGAAAGGAUGAACGAGGGGGAAGACUUCUCUCGAGAAAUGCUCAAAACGUUCUACCAGUCCAUCAAAUCCAAGCCCCUGGAGUGGGCGUGCGACGAGGAGGAGAAGCUUCUGAAGAGAGGGAGUAGGACGGGCAACGGGACCAUGACCGUCGGCAGCAAUCCGUUCCUCGAGGUCCAGAAUGACCCCAAUGCUCCAGUGUACAUCAAGGGCUACAUCAUGAGGAAAGUGACGAGAGAUGCAGAGGGAAAGAAAAAUCCCAAGGGCAAACGAGCAUGGAAGAUGUUUUAUGCAACAGUGAAGGGGCUUAUUCUCUAUUUACACAAGUCGGAGAUGCAUCACCAGAUGCAUUUCAACACGCCCAAGGAAGCCGUCAGCAUACACCACUCCCUCUCCAGCAAGGUGUCCAACUACAGCAAGCGACCCAACGUCUUCAACCUCCGUCUCGCCAACUGGAGGGAGUUUUUUAUUCAGUGUCUACCGUGCGACAGGCAGACUCCGGAAGCAGGUGCUGCCUCUGCUUCCAACACGUCCCAAGGUUCCAGUGAUUCACAAGAUUUGCAGAACUGGAUGCAGGCGUUGAACCUUGCCGCUGCGGUCCACUCGGCGCCGCCCCUACCGGCAGCGGUCGGACUCCAGAAGACGUUCAGACGUCCCCUGCUGCCGUCCUCACCGUCAAAACUGAACACGCAAGAGCAGCUUGGUAGCCAUGAGAGGAAAGUAGAAUCCAUCGAGCAGGAGUUGGAGGACCAUCGGUCCUACCCCCCUGAUCAGGGCCAGAGAGCAUCAGUAAUGAAGGACUAUCAGACCAAGCAGGAAUAUCUGGAAUAUGAGUUGUCGCGCUUCAAGACCUACAUCUACCUUCUGCGGUCCCAGCUGGUAGCCCAGCAGACCACGGCCAUCGGCAAGUACACCCUGGAAGAGGUGAUGCCCCAGCCCACGCAGUCCAUGGACAGUAUGUCCUCCACGUCCAGCGUCUCGUCCUUAGAGGGCAGCCAGGGGAGCGGUCAGCCGCAGCAACCACAGAACAAGAAUCCUAUUAUGCACCACUCAAAAAAAUUCAAGGAUCAGACAUUUGUCUUUGAAAAUGUCAGCCAGAUGUACUAUGACAGUGAUGAUGCCAACAGUUGCCAUGACAGCACAGAUGACACUGAUGAGGAAGAUGAAGAGGAAGACGACAUUGAUGAGGAAACGGGCUGCCAAGCAGAAGAUGAUUUUGUCAUGGUACCAUCACCCCUGCCCUUAAAUCAAUUUGACGAAAUGACAAAAUUGUAGAAACCGCGUAUUGAGUAGGACAGUGAGGAGAAAUCAAGUGUACUCCUUGUGCAUAAACUGUAGGAGUUAGUACGAACCCAUGGGUAUUAAGCCAUAGAGUACUGUUCUCUAGGGCUGGGUAUUUGCAUCGUGCUAUUUCAAGAUGACCCUUUUGUGCAGCUGAUGUGAUCCGAGUGCAUUUGCCUACAUCCCCCUUGAGUACUGAAGUAACACACAUGAAUGCGUAUACAUGUUAACGUUUCCUGCCUAGUGUGGAAAUUCCUUUUUUGUGGGAUGAAAAACUUAGUGAAGAUGCUCAUUAUCUUGUACUGUGUGCAUCCUUUUAAACUGGAUUGUAGAUGAUGGUUUCUUUGAUUAUCCCCUUUGUUGUGGUUCAAAUAAGCCCAACUCAAAAAUGGCGCUGAAACUGUUUUCCAGGAACUGAGUUGGCACAGCCUGGAUUAUGUGGACGUUUUGUUCAUGGGUCCACACUCGAUAAGCGAGGUUGGCCAAGUCCAUUCUUCAUGUACCCGAGGCCUACCUUUCGCCAUGCCCAUAUCUUGACUUUUGUGGAGAAUUUGGUAUCAUUUAGGAAUGAAAGUUGAUGUGUCUUUAAGCAGUGGUUUAAAUUUCUGGGCACUCCUUGAAUUCACGAUCCAGGUACUCAGUGACGUAUGUAUCUGGGGUUUGAAGUCCUGACUAGUUUGCUCUCCCUACUUGUUUGGCAGUUGAAAGCACCUGGAACCAAGGGACAAAUCCAGCAUUAGGGUCUGCCCGGGCCAAACUUUUUUUGGGGGGGAGGGGCCACAAAACUUGGUAAGUUUUUCAUGUAACCUUUUAUGGACUUCCUGAGGGUUGGGGCUGCAUUUUGGGACUUUUUACACAAUUUUGAAAGGAAGGGAAACGAACGAGGCCAAAACAUUUGCCUUUGUCUUAUUUUUGUCCAAAGAAAUAAUGGGGGGGGGACAUGGCCCCCAUGGCUCCCUCCAUCCCCUCGGAUUUGCCCUUGCCUGGAACAAAGCCAUUAAAAGCAGGGAGUGUUCAACUUGAUACAGGAAUGAAGAACCUGUGCAGCUGCCGUACAGUGUUUUAGAGGAUUAUAGGGUGAAAUUUCACUUCUCAGAAAUUGGUUUGUAGUCCAGGAAUAAACUUUCUCCCCCAUGCGAUGUGUAAGAAAAGCAUGGUAUUUUACGCUGUCUGGCAUGUGAGAAUGGCAAGUCAACAGACAUCAGCUAAAAAUGAAAGUCUCUCUUUGCAAAUCCUUAUUUCAACUGAAAGAGAUGGUAUUUAAACUCUAUACCUAAUAUGGAAAACUGUGCUGGUGGUUGAGAGAAGUUAGUCUUCAACCAGCAGUCACUCACAUAAAAGCUUGGACGAGGUUGGCUCUGAACUUGAAAGAACACCAUGUGGGCAAAUACAUAGUGGUGUUUUCCAAACUGACCAGAACAAGACGUGGAGGCUGCCACUUUCAUUGUGACGAAGUAGCAUAUUUUACUUACACUUUUAAUGCCUAAUGCGUUGAUAAGCCCAGGUCAUCAUUGAGAAUGUUGUAAAAUACAGAAUCAUUUUGUUUUUAAUUAUUCUCCAUGUCAGAAAUAUGUAUUGAAAUUUAAAGAUGUACAUAUGCGUCAUAUAUCAAACUAAAAUAUUCAUAUAUUUUAAUUUUAUUCAUUUUAAUCCCCAUGAGGAGUAUCCUAUGCAUCCUUUUGUUAUCUGGUUAUAAAGAGAAAACUUGUUUAUAAUUUUUGUCUAUAGCAAGUAAAGUUUAUAUAAACCAUUUCUGUUAUCACUGCAGUUGUGGUUUUUUUUUUAAGUUUUAAAGGUUGAUUUUAGAUGUUGGAAACUCUUAACAACUCUUCAUUGUUAGUAUCAAAGGCCAUUCAAGUUGAUGGAUCAGGAUGAAAAAAAUUUGUGUUACAAUUUGUAAAGAGGAAUUAUUUUUAUUGCAGACCGUUAAAUGCGCGGAUAUGAAAGUGAAAUGUCUUUGUAACAGUUUAAUUAAUUUUUUCAAUGCUCGUAAAGGAUGCAGACACAAAUAAAGCAAACAUUGGUGUCAAAA